AUGUCGAGCUUCGAUGAAUUAUGGCAGCUGGGUGACAUUUUAACCGCGUGUAACAACAUCUUUGGCCUACCUAGAAAGUUACUUCAUGCGGCAGCACACUCACCCAGUAAGAUGGCUUAUAUCUUUGGCCGCUUGGCCAAGGAAGAAGACAAACACGAGAAACUUCUGCAGAAUUUUUCGGCUCGUCAUUUUACUGCGGGUUACAUGAAGUGGCUAUUCAGGCAGCACUUCGGAGUUGAGACACAGAUAGAUUUUAUUUCGGUGUUUGAUGAAUGGAGUAGCGAUGAAGGAAGCAGCGAUGUCGGAUCGUUUGGAGAGGCUGAACACGAAGCUGGCAUCUAG